AUGGUGAAUUGGUUGACGGAUGGUGGAAGGGGUUUCACGAUCCGUAAACCAUAUGGACGAUCUGUGAACCAUAUGGACGAUCUGUGCAGAUGGUGAAUUGGUUGACGGAUGGUGGAAGCGGUUUCACGAUCCGUGAAUGGUGCACAUGGUGCCAGAGGGUAGACCCCAAAACACUGACGAUCCGUGGGGAUGGUGCGCAUGGUGAAUUGGUUGACGGAUGGUGGAAGAGUUUUCACGAUCCGCGAAUGGCGCACAUGGUGCCAGAGCGUAGACCCCAAAACACUGACGAUCCGUGCAGAUGGUGCGCAUGGUGAAUUGGUUGACGGAUGGUGGAAGGGGUUUCACGAUCCGUGAAUGGUGCACAUGGUGCCAGAGGGUAGACCCCAAAACACUGACGAUCCGUGCAGAUGGUGCGCAUGGUGAAUUGGUUGACGGAUGGUGGAAGAGGUUUCACGAUCCGUGAAUGGUGCACAUGGUGCCAGAGGGUAGACCCCAAAACACUGACGAUCCGUGCAGAUGGUGCGCAUGGUGAAUUGGUUGACGGAUGGUGGAAGCGGUUUCACGAUCCGUGAAUGGUGCACAUGGUGCCAGAGGGUAGACCCCAAAACACUGACGAUCCGUGCGGAUGGUGCGCAUGGUGAAUUGGUUGACGGAUGGUGGAAGAGGUUUCACGAUCCGUGAAUGGUGCACAUGGUGCCAGAGGGUAGACCCCAAAACACUGACGAUCCGUGCGGAUGGUGCGCAUGGUGAAUUGGUUGACGGAUGGUGGAAGAGGUUUCACGAUCCGUGAAUGGUGCACAUGGUGCCAGAGGGUAGACCCCAAAACACUGACGAUCCGUGCAGAUGGUGCGCAUGGUGAAUUGGUUGACGGAUGGUGGAAGCGGUUUCACGAUCCGUGAAUGGUGCACAUGGUGCCAGAGGGUAGACCCCAAAACACUGACGAUCCGUGCAGAUGGUGCGCAUGGUGAAUUGGUUGACGGAUGGUGGAAGGGGUUUCACGAUCCGUGAAUGGUGCACAUGGUGCCAGAGGGUAGACACCAAAACACUGACGAUCCGUGCGGAUGGUGCGCAUGGUGAAUUGGUUGACGGAUGGUGGAAGGGGUUUCACGAUCCGUGAAUGGUGCACAUGGUGCCAGAGGGUAGACCCCAAAACACUGACGAUCCGUGCGGAUGGUGCGCAUGGUGAAUUGGUUGACGGAUGGUGGAAGCGGUUUCACGAUCCGUGAAUGGUGCACAUGGUGCCAGAGGGUAGACCCCAAAACACUGACGAUCCGUGCGGAUGGUGCGCAUGGUGAAUUGGUUGACGGAUGGUGGAAGAGGUUUCACGAUCCGUGAAUGGUGCACAUGGUGCCAGAGGGUAGACCCCAAAACACUGACGAUCCGUGCGGAUGGUGCGCAUGGUGAAUUGGUUGACGGAUGGUGGAAGUGGUUUCAUGAUCCGUGAAUGGUGCACAUGGUGCCAGAGGGUAGACCCCAAAACACUGACGAUCCGUGCGGAUGGUGAAUUGGUUGACGUGAAGUGGUUUCAUGCAUAGGGUGAAAUAUGGGUAAAAUUGUAGACAGUUGGUAGUACUUUUUGUUGAAAAUGUGUUGAGACAUAAAUAUUUACAUACAUGUGUGUUUUGUUAUCUGCGUUUUUAUGGCGACAUUAACUUUCGCGUAUAAUUACGGAGUAUUUGUUGACCUUGUAGACACUCAACUGCGACGAUGGUAAUUACGAUAAAUACUGUUGUGGUUUGUUGGCAGGGAAUACAAAUAUGAAAUAUAUAUAAUUUAGUUUGACCGUACCUGCUCUGGUAAACUUUAACAAGUAUUGAGAGCAUUUAGCGAAUUAUCAUCCAAUUUGCAUGUUGAGAAUAAAUAUUUGUUUGUAUUUGUGUAUUGUUAAAUGAUGAAUGUCCAUUGCACUGCACCGAGUGGGCAUGUUUAUUUAUAUAUACAACUUUCGUUCUCACAAAGACACAUUACCGGUAGAAGUAUUUUUUCCUUGGUUUGUGGAGAAUGGAUAUGAAACUGACAAAUCAAACUCGGAUGAAAAGUAUAAUUUGGCGAUCGUGCCAUUAUAAAACAUUGAAAAUAUAUGGGUAUACUGACAACUCCGUCACACGUGUAGUUUGACAUUAGCAGCCCUUGUGAAACACUUUAAUGAAAGUAUAGUUCACAAAAUUCAUAUUUUCACUUACUUCUUAACAUCUGUUUUAAUCCAACUAGCUCUGUAGGCACGAGCAAAAAUUUAGUGUUGAUGACUUGAUGUAAAUAUCCAUUUAGUUAAUGUUUCCCCGGUGAAAAUAUAAUCUAUUCCAAAUGCCAAAUCUGAUUUCGACGUACUUUAGCUUUUCAGAAACCGUUGGUCUUCCUCAGUGAGAUUAUCAACUGUUUCACAAACAUAUUUGACAGUAGCUACUAGUAAAAUACUCUCCGAAAGUCUACAUUUUUGUUCUUCGACGCGAAAAUGGGAACUCAAGAAGAAAUUAGCCGCUAUUUUUGGUCAGCGUCGACAAAUUGCCCAGCUGCCCCCUCAGGCUCCCCUCAGGUAUAUCAUGAAACGGCCCGAAUGUUCUAUAUAUUUGAAUAUUUAUACAGAAUAUUUAACCAUAUAUUAAAAUAUUUAAUAACGAAAUAAUUCAAAAAAUAUUAGCAGUAAAAUAGUUGAUGCGAUUGCUUUACGUUUUCGUCGUAAUCGAACGGUCGUCAGUACUGGCUACAUAGGACAUAAAUAGCUACAACUUAGGCUAGCCACUUAUCUGAUAUACUCUCCGAGAUCGAGUCCAGUAUCUCGCCUCAGAAUCGUUGCAGAGGAAUAAAUUUCACACUACCUAAUAGUACGAACAUUCCUCUUUCGAAAGAACUUGGUUUGUUCACCAUUGCGGCAAUUCUCGUGACACAAGACGAACUUUGUUUCAUUGUUUGUGCAGAAUCCAAAAUUCCAUUUUCGAAAGAGGCGUAGCCUGUCGCCAUGAGAGCGGCUGGGCAACCUGGCCUCCUCGUUCGAAAACAAUCUGCCAGGGGAGGAGGGGUACGCGCGUAAGAAGGGCUCUGGGUACGAGAAUGGGGGGGGAGGUUCUCCACUGGAAUGAGGGGGCUUUCAAAACAAACACGAUAAAAACACGAGUAUUAAAUCGGUUGAACGAAAUUUAAAAAUGAAGUCAAGUUCAGUACUUUAAAAAGAUUGGUAUGAUUGUUAAAAGCUAAAUGUUAUAAUUAGUAAAUAACGUUUUUGUGGCACAUUUUGAAAAUAUACAGUAUUUGCAAAAAUGUAUUAGAUGUUUUAAGGAUUUGGAAGCAAGAUAUUGAACAGUUCAGGUGGCGUACACUUUAUUUUAACUGCAAUUUAGAUUAAGAAUUAUACUAUUGUUGUCAGAUUGAAUUUGUCCUAUUAAAGCCCGUGGGUAUGAUACAGUCCGUAUGUAAACAACGCCUUUGUUUACAUUUCGGUAUUCAAAAAUCAAAAUAUUUAACUAUAUUCGACAACGGUUUAUAUUUUCAUGCUUCUACAGUAUAAUAAAUGAUGAAGAUAUAAACAAUCAGGCUUUGCAAGAAUAUGAAAUGAAAUAAAAACCUAAUUUUAAAAAGUGUUUAUAUUAAUUAUUUUAUAUAAUAUUCAGUGUUUAUAUUUCAAAACUGGUGUAAAAGCUAUUAUCAAUUUAUAAUAUAGCUGUGAAAGGGCCAUUCCAUUUAAUAUACACACCCACCUAUGGACGAGAAUUUCUGAGGGGGGCAAAAAUUUCUUAUGUGGGGGGGGGGUGUUCAUUGGCAUCCUUUGAUCUUUGUGUUUUUUUCUGAGCGGUAAGGCAAAAAUUUCUUAUGGGGGGGGGGGGGUGUUUGUGUCGGCACUUUGAUCUUUUUUUCUUAGGGGUUCAAAUUUUAUUGACCUCGUCCAUAGGGGGUGUGUAUAUUAAAUGGAAUGGCCCAAAUCAAAAACUUCGCUAGCGGUUUGAUGUUUGCCGUAAACAUAGCAGGCUAAAUUGUGGAAUUACAAAAAUUAUACAAAUACAAUUUGUUUACGUUUCAAACGUUUACAUUGAAUACGUUUUGAACUGCCUCGUCCCCAGGCGCUAAUUAAAAAAUUUGCGAAUCACUAUAUGAAAGGUUUACAUGAAGUAGUACGUCACAUUAUAGGCGCGCAAAGGACAGUGGGAUAUGAGCGUUCUGGUUCUUCGUCAUGAUGCACUACUUCAUGUAAACCUUUCAUAUAGUGACUCGCAUGAAAUGUUUUAUUAGCGCCUGGGGACGAGGCAGCGUUUUAAAUGAAACACUCUACGUUUGCCUAAUAUAUCAUCGCUAUAUUAUAUAAUAUUCGGUAUAUAUAUGGCAACCUUCAAAGGUGAAGGUUCCCAGUUACAAACAUGCACUUUUGAAACGUAAAGUGAAAUGUGAAAGAACAUUUCCUUGCAAAUGGUAGUAAAGUCAUGGUCUGCCCCUAAUGGCCUUGCCGGGUUUUAAUAUGAAGGUAUUCAAUGGAAAAUAUUCAGAUGAAGGGAUGCUGGAAACAAAUGAUACGUGAAUUUAGGCUAAGCCACUGUCAGUCUCACAUCUGAUUAAAAUAAAAUAUCAAGCAUUGCGAUUUUUUUUAAAUAUUUUUUAAUAUUUAAAAAAAAACUUAAAAUCUUUCUGGACCAUGUUGAAAUGUAACUAGACUCCUCUGCAGGCCUCUCUAUGGGUUUUAGCUUGUGACUGGGUUUAGAGAAAAAAAACUUUCCCACCACCCGAUUCCUCGGGUGAGAUGGCUGCGGAGGAGGCUAGUUGAAAUGUUAGCGUAACCUAAAAUAUUUUUAUGUUUACCUUGUUUCCAUGGCUAAAAAACUAUAAUAUUUCCCAUGGGGAAACUUCAGGCAUUUUUAUAAACAGGACAAUAGUAAACAUAUAUUUAUGAUAGAAACCUGGAAUGUUAUUUAGUUUGUAGUUUUAAGCAAUGACUUAAUACUGAACUAGGUGUUUUAUACUACUGGCAAAUUCAUUAUAUUAUAUUAUUCUAUUAUUAUAGACUAAACUAUAUAGCAGUCUCCAUGCUUGCAUGAAAACACUAUUUUUAUACAUAACUUCCAACUGAUAUUUUUUGCAUUAAAAUUUAUAUCUCGCACCUGCUUGUUAUGACUUACUAAUGAGUGUGUCAAUUACUAUAGUAUUUGAGAAGUUACUACUUUUAGUAGUUGAUUUCAUGGCUACUGUUGUGUAGUAUCUGCCAGGGGUGCCAGAAGCAAUGUGAAGUGGUGAGGGCAACCAUUUCAAAAGGGCGCAUUGCUUCCCAAUCAUCAUUUUUCAGUGCAGCAAUAUUUGUUAAAAAUUUACUGUAUGGAUACUCCAUAAUACUUGUGGCUAUUAUGGGUUGGCAAGCUUCAACAUUAAUUUUCAACAAUUUUAUUUGUUGCGCCAUGGUAAGGGCACAAAAUAAAAUCAGUAAACGGAUGUAUAUUGCCUGUGUUUCAUUAAUUUUACUACAAACGAAAUGUAAACAAAUGUUAAAAAACUUUUGCAGUUAAGGGUUGCUUGCAAAUGGUAGUGAAUUCAGUAAAUAUUCAUUGUAAAUGUACUCUAAAAGUGUAUUGAAUAUAUCAUGCAAAAACUACUUUAUUAACCCAUUAGAGUGCAAGAAUCUGUCCUUGACGAAUAAAUUGUCUGGCAUAAGACAGAGUGAAAUAGAAAACUAGGCACAUUGGUGAACAUUGGUGCUUAAUGGGUUAACUACUAGUUGUUCAACAAAUAAUCCAGGCAUGCUCUUUCCAUACUACGUACUAAAUAUACAGUGCUGGUAAACACAUAAAAACGCACAAGUUGUAACAACUCUGCAAACAAGUUGUUACAAGUGUGUUCACAAGCUGUCAAAAAGUUGUGUUCGCACCGUUUGUUCCAAGUUUGUUGCAACAAGUUUGAAACAAGCUGUUAACAACUUGUAGCAAGCUUGAUGGCAUUAUCAGCCUUGUUACAAGACUCUGCUAACAAGUUUGUUACAUUCAUGAUAUAACAAGGAUGUUACAAGGUUGUUAUAUUAAGCAUGUGACAGACUUGUCAGAACAACCUUGCAACAAGUGUGAUAAUUUCAACAAGGUUGUUACAAGUUGUCAAUAAGUUGUUUGAAACCUGUUCACAACUUGUGACAAGCAGUGCGAAUACAUCUUGUUCACAGCUUGUUGGCAGACUUGUUACAAGAUGUGAGAUUUUUAUGUGUGUAAAUAAUACACUAUUUCCAAUUAUAGGUCACUGUACUACAGUGUCAUUGUGUGCGUCUAACACAUAUAACAUUAAAAAUAGAAAUCGCCAACGGUUCAUUUGUUUCGUGAUGAUUGAAAACUUUGACAACCAGGAAAAUAGCUGCUCACAUGCUUCAGUAUUAACAUUCUGCAAGAUAAAGUAUAUACUGUAAAUGUACAGUGACUGGUUUAAAUGUCACUACAUUGAUUUGAUACUGUAUAAAUAUAUUAAAUGUCAUUUUCCAAAUAACACAUACCUUCAAGUUUUCACAAUCAUAGGGAUUGCAAUUUUUGAUACACCAUUUGUCAAUAUGAUUUUUGAAAUGGAAUCUGUCGCAUACAAUGUUUUUGGAUGCGAUAUUGGUUGCCACCUCUGUGAUAUUUUUGACCUUUUGGGGUUCAUUGCAAAUUUUUUAAGGUGGCAUGCAUCAUCAUAGCAAAUUGUCUCUACACAAUUAGAAUGAUAGAACACAUAAGUUAACUAUGAAAUGAUGCAUCGUCAUACACUUUGUGUACAGCUGUGAAACGAUUGAGCAGCUAGGUAAUGAAGUAAUACUGUGGGUUACAUUCUGUGAAAAACUUUUUGUUUCCUGCAUAGACUGCAAUGAACUAAUACAGUGAACAAAGAACACUUGCGAUAUGCAACUGUCCGAAGCCUAGUGUUUACUUAUUAAUGGUACGUAAAGAGGUAUAAUUCUAAGGUUUUCCAUAACACCUCUACAGUAUAACCAGAAUCACAGUAUAUGAGAAACAAGCAGUAAGGCCACUUAGGGGAGACAAAAGUGGGAAUUAUUUAAGGUAGGUCCCAGGUGUCUUACGUGGCCAAAAUCAUUGCUCUGUAAUACAAUUUUAUAGUGAUUUUAAUUUUCUGCCGUUUACUGGCUGCCAGUAUGUAAAUUAAGUUGGCAGCCAGUAAACAAUGUGGACAUGUUUUUACGCUGAGUGGCCCUACUGUUGUUUCCCUAUACUGUGCCACAAUCAAAAAGGUUUUUUUAAAGAACAUAGUUGGAUGAAAAGAAAAAUAACUUAUACCAUUUGUAGAAUUAAAGGGCCAUAGCAUUACAACACACAGUCUCUGCAUUGGUUUCAUUUUAAUUCAGUGUAAUAUAUGAAUGUGGCCCAAUGUUCUGUCUUUUUUUAAUGUGGCCCAAUGUUCUGUCUUUUUUUACUCAUUAUAUGCUGUACUGUAUGUUUAAAAUGUUAGCAUCAGUGAUGGUAAUUUUGGAUUUGGUUAGUAGGUUAGGGGUUGCAUGGUCUUUUCCCAAUCUUAAAACUAUGCAACUUUUCAAUGAUUUGCAAUAUUUAAACCUUAGAAGAUACAGGUUUACUGUAUUAGCACAGCAUCCAUAUGACCAUUUGCUUUGGCUACUGUAUCUUUCCCACUGGGAGAAAAUGUGUUACAAAAAUUAUUUGUAUUAUAUAACCACAUUUAAACAUACCAACAUCAUCAAUCUUUUUGUCCUGAAAUAGGGUGUGCAAGUGAGCAUACACCUGGCUCUUACUUUCUGAACCAAACAGCUCUCUAACUCCAAUAACAACUCCACAUGGCUUUUCAAAUACUAAUAUACCUGCGGAACAAUAGUAAGUAAAUAAGAGUAAAUAUCCUUAGCAAUCUAGGCAUUGAGAUGUGCAGUAGAGUCAGUAGAGCAGUAACAUGUUGACAGUAAGGGUGAGCAAUAUAGGUGUGGCAACUUUUUAAAGUGCUACUGUUGCUCAUGAAAUCAAGUUGCUCAUGAAAUACAAGAUAACAUAGUUGUUUCAAUAAACUUAUCUUUAAGAAGUGGACUUCAUGGCUCAAAACUUGCGGUAUCCCGAUAUCCACAGGAUAUCAGAUUUUAAUUUUGGAUACUAGGUAUCAUAAGCUCAGUAUCCCAACUGGAUACUAGGAAAACUUAGAAAUUGCGAUAGUAGAUAAUCAUGUAGAUGUUGUUUCCAAACUUCAAUUUCUACGGAUUUUGGCAAAAUAUUUAAAAAAAAAAAAUUUCACAAACGGUGCUUUCUUUCGUAUCGCCGCAGUGUGUUAUUUUCAGUGUAAAAUUUUGCCUUGCUUAGAUACUGGAAAUAGAAUAUCUAGUAUCCGGAUCUGGGUUACUAUAUUUCAAGGAGGAUACUAGAUUCUAUGAUGCUGGUAUCCACUUGGAUACUGACAAAAAUUUCAAGUUUCGAGCCCUGGACUUGAUUCUGGUAAAUUUCAAAAAUGUUCUAGCAUUCUCCUUCGUUCAUUCUGUAUGAAACUGUUGUGACACAAUUACUGUAGUGUAUCAUGAUAUGAUGGCAGUUUGAUUUAAAGCUCAUUUGACAUUUUAUUUUGUCAACUUGCCACGAUUUGUGUGAGGGGCUGUUCACAAAAAUGUGAAAUUUAUUUUUACUGCUAGCGUCUGUUACGCUAUGUAAUGAUUGUUAUUUAUUUAUUUAUUAAUUAUUAAACCUUGCUGUGCACAGGCAUAAACAAAAAGAAAACGGCUCAAGGACAUCAACAUACUGUAGCAUUUAAUAGGCAAUGACAUGAACACCCUACACUCGGGAGUGAAUAACGUACAGUGAUACAGUAUGUUGGGAAUUGAUCUGCUAAAAAUUGUACCUGCAGUUCGCUGAUUUUUACAUUUAUGUUUUCCCUUUUCAGUCCCACAUUUCAACACUCUGACAUUUUCACCUUCCAUUACUUGAUUGUCUUUGUCAUUAAUAACAGCGAAUCCAGAACUAAAUUAGAAACAUGGUGUAAAUUGUGGUACUAAAAUGGCUUAAUGGCUAUUUAAUUUGUUUAAUUAUUUAAAAAUUAAUUAACAAUAAAAUAAUAAAAAUUACCUUUUCAUUACAUUAGAUCCAUCAUCACUCUUUGUAGCUGUUUGCUGCAGUACAGCUCUCUUUUGUCCAAACUCUUCAAGAUAAUUUCGGUUGACUUCGUACGAAUUUCCGUUUUUAACAAUAUCCAAAACUUUCUUUGGGAGAUUGAUUUCUUUCACCCAACUUUGUAAACCAUUACUCCACAACACCUGCCAAGACAUGUGUAAACUUCAAUUCUCGUAAAUUUGUCUUUUCACAAUACUUUUAUUCAGCACUGACGACUGCACUAGUCAGCACUAGAUUCGCUAAAAAUAUGUUACAUUAUUAGUUAGUUUACUCAAAAAUUAGUGUGUGUAAAGAUACUUAACGAUCCUAGAAACAGGAUUACUUACAAGUUAUUGUGACGUUAUUUGCUCCUUUAUAAUCAACAAUACAAAUAUAUAACACAGUGAUAAUACCAAACUCGAUAAAAGAUAAAACUCGUCACAAUGUUUUCGCGCGCUUUUCUCCUGCGCCCGCAAGCAAUGUACUUCAUGUAACAGUUCGUACACGCUCCCCCCCCGAAAGACGACGGAGGAGUCUUUCAAUCUUAAUAUAAACAAUCUAAAUGAAAUAGUUACUUAAUGAUACUACUAGUUACUAUGCAACAACUGGUCACUUAUCCGUUCACUCAUCAAUAUGUUCCUGAUCUUCCAUGCAUUUCAUCAGUUUCUCUUCUAGGAGGCAUAGCUUUUUCACGUCUCUUCGGUAGACGCCAUCUGCUGUUCGGAUUACCACUCGACGUACAACUCCUUCAGUGUCGGGAAACACUUGCUCGACCAAUCCUUUCGGCCAUUGACCACGAGGAACAUCCUUGUCGACCAUAAGUACCAAAUCUCCAACACUGAAAUUGGGCAUCUUCUUCAACCAUUUUUGAGUUUCCUGUAAAGUGGGCAAAUAUUCAUUUUUCCAUCUUUCCCAGAACGUGUCUGCUAACAUCUGAACGUGUUUCCAUCUUGCCUUGAACUUGUCCAAUCCGUCAAACUCACCGGCUGACGUUGAAGGAUUCUGACGUAGAAGGAGUAUAUGAUUAGGGGUAAGUGCUUCUAAAUCGUGUGGGUCACUUGAGACUGGCGUAAUUGGUCGGUCGUUCAUUAUUUUUUCGACUUCUACCAUGAGUGUACGUAAACUUUCGUCAUUUAGUUCGCGUUGUCCGACCAACGAGCGCAAAAUCUUCUUAGUUGAACGUAUUAAGCGUUCCCAAACGCCUCCUUGAUGACUAGCUAACGGGGGAUUGAACACCCAUUCAACACUUCUGCGUGAUAGCGAACCUUGGAUCCUUUCCACGUCCCAUGACUUCAAAGCUUCGAUCACGUCAGCUUCUGAUCCUUUGAAAUUGGUGCCGUUGUCGCUGUAGAUGAUGCGAGGUGCACCUCUUCGACCAACAAAGCGUAGGACGGCGUUGAUGAAACUAUCGGUCGAUAAGUCUUCUGCUUCUUCGAUGUGUACUGCUCGGUAUCGUAAACAUGUGAAGAUACAUCCAAAGCGCUUUCCUAAUGUCUCAUUCUUCUUCGAUCUCGUUUUAGGGCCAAGCUUGACGUACAGAGGUCCAAAGUAAUCUACGCCUACUGCCGCGAAUGGGUACGCGAUUCCAUCGUUAUCUGACGAUACUCUCACGCUUGGCAGCGGUGCCAUCAUUUGCUCUCCUAAUCUCGCGUUUUCUCGUUUACAAACUUGGCAACUCUUGAGAACACGUCUCACAUACGAAACGCCAUUGGUGAUCCAAAACCGCUCUCUCGUUUUUGCUAAUGUCUGAUAACUUCCUACGUGUCCGUUAAGAUGGUGAUAAUGCAAUACGAUCAAUUCUGAUACCGGGUGGUCCUUCGGCAAUAUAAAAGGAUGUUUGGCGUCAUAGCUUAAGCUCGAUCGUUCUAAUCUUCCUCCCAAUCGAAGCAGUUUUUCUUCUCUGAACGGUUUAAGUUGGGCAAGGCUACCUUUCUUUGCCGUCUCCGCAUCGUCCGGGAAUGAUUCUCGCUGAACGUGCUCAAUUAUUCUCUUUUCAGCUUCUUCGAGUUCGGAUACUGAUAACAAUGGUCUACCUUGUUUUUGGACGCCCUUCUUGUUGUCAUUGCUUCUCAUUUCGUUAGAAUUAUGCAACGUUCGUUUGUGACACGCUCUGAUCAGCCAGGCGACAACUCUUCGAAGUCUUUCCCAAGUUGAAAAUCGUUGAAACAAUGAAUUCCAAAAUUCGCCUUGCACAGCUGUUCCGCUUAUUACGACCUUUUCCUUCUUCACGCCUUCGGAAUUCUCAUCAAGACCGUCUGUCAGAUCUGUGGGUUGGGAAGGCCAUUCAUCGGCUGGUUUCCAGAGGAACUCUGGUCCGCGUUUCCAUCGCUCUAGUUUAUCUGUCUCGAAAGCUUGAAUUCCUCUCGACGCAUAAUCCGCUGGGUUAAACUCCGAUCUUACGUGGCGCCACUGUUCGGGUGUUGAUUCCUGACGGAUGGCAGCAACGCGAUUUGCGACGAACGUAACGAACCGCCGUGUCUCGUUGGCUAUAUAUUUCAGAACGAUCAUCGAAUCAGCCCAGAACAUUAUUCGGUCGAUCUUUAGUCUGCCUCGUAACUCCUUAACGAUAAUCUUGUUCAUACGCGUGGCCAAAGUAGCUGCUGUCAGUUCUAAUUUGGGAACCGUGACUGCCUUGUUGAGGGGUUUGACUCGAGACUUUCCCAUAACAAAACAACAGUGGAUUUCUCCUUUCUCGUUCACAAGACGCAAGUACGAUGCUGUACCGUAGCCAUGUUCUUGAGAAGCGUCGGCGAAGUGAUGAAGCUCUACCUGCUCGAUCUGUCCGAAUUCCUUCGGUUUAAAGCAUCUUGGUACUUCGUAUCUGUCUAGGCUGGCCAAGCCUUCCUUCCAUUUCGUCCACCGAGCGUGUAAUUCCUUGGGAAGUUCACUGUUCCAGUCGAACUUCAAUCUACACAAUUCUUGAUUGAUCUCUCUAGCUGGUAGGAUAAGUGGACUAGCAAAUCCAAGGGGGUCGUAAACAGUUGCAAUCGAGGAUAACACACCCUUGCGAUUGUUCGGUUCCGUCUUGUUAUUGACGACCAGGCUUAUCGUGUCUCUUUCUACAUCCCAAUUAACGCCAAGCGCACGGUCCAUGGGCAAUGCUUCGGAUUCAAGGUUCAAAUCUUUAACCACCGGUGCUCUUUCUUCGGUUGAGAAUUCUUCCAGCACUUCUCGCGAGUUCGAAUUCCACUUGGUGAGCUGAAAUCCUCCCUUCGCUAGUAAGCUCUGCAGCUCUUUACUUACGAGUUUUGCUUCGUCCAUUUCGGAAAACGACUUUAAAAGGUCAUCGACGUAGAAAUCACGCAGAACUGCGUCCACAGCAGUUGACGAAUACUCGUAGAGGUUAUCCUUCGUGGUUCUUCUGAGAGCAUACCCUGCAACACUUGGUGAGGACUUCGCUCCAAAUAUAUGGACGAGCAUCUGAUGCGUCUUAGCCGCCUUCGAGAUGUCACCAUCGGGCCACCAAAGAUAACACAGUGCCCGCAAUGCUCAGGUUUAACAUAGACCUGAUGAAACAUUCUCUUCACGUCAGCGGUUACGGCUAUAUUAUCAACUCUGAAUCUCAGUAUCACGCCAAUGAGGGAACUAGUGUUUUCUGGCCCACGCAACAGUUCAUCGUUCAACGAAGUUCCGUUGCUCUUGCUAGCACAAUCGAAAACUACUCUAGGUUCCUCAGGCUUCCUUGGGUGCCAGACUGCGUGAUGAGGGAGGUACCAUAAUUGUUUGAGCAUUGUUAAUUCCUCCUCGGGGACUUCUCUCGCCGCUCCUUCUUCUUGGUAUUUCGCCAUAACGCUGCUGUAUUUCUUACGGAAGUUUUCGUUUCUCUCCAUCUUCGAUUUUAAGGAUUCUAAUCGCUUCUCAGCUGUGUAAAGACUAUCUGGGAGUUGUGGUGGGUUGUGUUUAAAGGGAAGUCCGAUCUCGUAAUGCUCAUUUUUCAAUACGGUGGUUUUGUUCAUGAUUUCUUCUGCGUAGCGAUCUUCAACGGACAUGUUCUCAUCAAUAUCGUCAUUGAUGUCAUCAAACUCUGCGUUGUACAUACGCUCUAAUUUAUGGUCGAGAAUGUCGAAUUCUGACCUAACGGAAUUAAUGGACACUUGCUCGCAUCGAGGUUCUCCCAUUGGACCAUACACUGUCCAUCCUAGAGGUGUCUUAACUGCACAUGGUUGCCCUUUUGUUCCAUCUCUUCGGUCGAGAAAAUUAUCAAUUAUAUCAGGUCGAUCACUUCCUAUCAAAAUGGUAACCUGUUCAUCUCCAGUUUCGGGUAAGACAAUGUCCUGCAGAUGAGGCCACUCUUGAACUUCUUUGUUGGUCGCUACGUGUCUCGGAGUCACUGGUAAGCUGUCUGUGGUUAGUACACCUUCAAGCUGGAACUUUUCACUGCUCGAUACCGAUUCGAUGUCCAACCGUACCUCAUAGCCUGCCUUCUGUUGUUGCGAGUUCACUGUCGUCAUAGUGUAUUUAGCCAGUUUCGCAUCAAUCACUGAUAGCUCUUCGACUAAACUUUCCAGACAAAGAGUCGUAUCGGAUCCACUGUCUAAAAAUGCGUACGUAACAAGUUCCUUGUCACUGGUAGGGUUGCUCACCUUGACCGGUACUACCUUAAAACAAACCCGUGGUCGACUUACUUUGACUGCGCUAAUGUUGACUCGCUCUUUUGACGUUCCGGCUGUCGUUGGUGUAGACAUAUAUAGAUUUACCUGAUUCUGUCUAUCAUCGGCUGUAAUACUUUGGGUCCCAGCAUCCUUCUUUAAACCGUCGUGACUUUGCAUCUCGUUAUCUUGAUUGGUGGAGUGUUCCCCUACAGCUAAUUCGGCCAUGUACAAAUAACUUUCUGUCGUUAUUUUGGAAUAUUACAAAACUUCCUCACAGGAUAGAACUCGCCUUUCCUAAAAAUCCUAUCGUUUUUGUUUUUCGAUUUUGUUACAUUUUGGCGGGAAAAUGACGCCAACUUUGGCGAAAAAAAAUUAAACACGAGCUAAGAACGUGCUAGUAACUUUUUUGAAAAGAUUGUCCUCUAAGGAUCUCAUAACUGUAAAAAUAUUAAAAAUACAACAAGGCAGUGCGAAGAUAUGGCUAUUCAAAAUUCUAUUUUUACUGAAAAAUCAGCCAUUUUGUUACUAAAAAUAGAUUUUUUUCGAACUUUGAAUCGCCAUAUCUUUGCACUGCAUUGUUGUAUUUUUAAUGUUUUUACAGUUUUGAGAUCCUUAUAGGACAAUCUCUUCAAAAAAGUUACUAGCAUUUUCUUAGAUCGUUUUUAUUUUUCUGGCGCCAUAAUGGGCACGUCAUUUUCCCGCCAAAAUGUAACAAAAUCGAAAAACAAAAACGAUAGGAUUUUUAGGAAUUGCAAGUUCUAUCCUGUGAGGAAGUUUCGUUAUGUUCCAAACUAACGACAGAAAGUUAUUUGUACAUGGCCGAAUUAGCUGUCUUUUGUGCCCACCGUAGAGUCUUGAUCAUCAUGGAUUAGAUAAUGGUGAUGUUUUCCGCAUCCGGCUACACGGCAGGUGAAUCCACUUUUGCAUGACCUCGCAAAAUGGCCUUCGCCGAGACAUAUUCUGCAAAGUUUGUGUUGUUUCACAGUUCUCAGACGAUCCUUUAAGGUGCAUGACUUGAAUACUUGGCACCUCCAGACACCGUGUGGUCCAGAGCACUGCGGGCACUUACGACCAGUUCUUACAGGUGUAUCUUCCUUAUUCAAACCACCCUGAAUUGCGUUUGCGUUAACUCUCCUUUGCUGCUCGAAUCUUGACCUGUUCUGAAAUUUCUUGUCUUCACUGGCUUGCUUAAGCUCUCUCCCAUACCUGUUGUUUAUACGCCCUGCCACUUUCUUCAAGAAAUUUACAAAGUCAUCGAAUUGUACAUAGUCUUUGCUCUUGAUAAGGUCUCCAGCUCUGUCCACCCACUUCCUCUUUAAGCCAUCUUCGGGGAGUUUCCUCAUCAACAUAACUAUUACAUCUUCAUUGUCUAAUCGAUUGGAGUAGCUGGAUCCCAUGCUCUUUAAUGCUCUCUCAGAAUCUUCUAGGUGACGCACAAACUCCAUCAAGGCAUUCGCAUCAGUUUUUCUAAUUUGAAGUUCUCUGAGCUUUUUCAUAUGAGCUUCUACUAUAAUGUGAGGCUGGCCAAAGUUUUCAAGAAGACAACUCUUUGCUUCCUUAUAUCUCUGGCCGACAUCAAGGUUGACGCAACUUCGGAUUGCAUCCUUCGCUUUGCCGACACACUGCGCUAACAGGCGAGUGAACCGCUGGGAGUCAUCGGAAACUUGGGAUUCUAUGUUAUCUUUAAAGUUUGUCACAAACUCUACAUAUUCCAGGGGUCACCACCGAAUCUCAUGAGCUCUAUUUUGGGUAAAGAAGGGCCUUCCUUUAUGGCCUGUGCUAUGGAGUUCCAUACAUCUAGCUGCGGUUGGGGUGGCGGUGCUGGUUCUUCUUGCAAG